AUGUCAGACAAACCGAAUGAUCUACCAAUCUGCUCCAUCGUUGGAGUGACCGUUAAUCUCCUCUCCGCUAAUACCGAUCCAUUUGAUGUCCGCGGAACGCUCGACAGAAGCAAGAAGUAUCCAUUGGUAGCUGCAGAUCAAGAAGAAGGCACUUCAGUCCAACCACCAGGAUCGAGCGACAGCUACUGGUUACCAUCCAACUUUCGCAAGACUGACAUCGGAGCCCAAAGUGCGGAGGGCGAUCUGAUUGUCGCCACAGGCUCGGAGCUCGCCAGUGACUUGGAGACAAACCCCAGUCUGAGCAUCAGCCACGCCGGCGUUUCGGUCGAGGACUCAGAGGGAUUUCGCUACUCGACGUCGUUGAAGAACAAUAGCCUUUACGGACUAUACAGCUCCGACCAAAAGGUUUACUCCGUCGGGUUGAAACCUGGUAACGAUGUUUACAACUUUGUGUCUGAAGAAUACGUCAAUGCCGUGAACGCACUCCCAGAUUGGGUGGAAGAGAUCGACAAAGCGAGUGACGAAGCUUCCCUGACUGAGGCAUCGGAUACAGUCAAGAAGUAUCAGGCAUUUUUCACCCACUACGGAUCGCAUGUCGUUGAGGAGUGUCUCUUGGGCAGUCGCUAUCAGGUGCUAGUUGAGAGCGCCGAGACCAGCAUCGAAGCGAAAGAUGAUUUCCUGCGUCUCUUCAAGGAUGAGUACAGGAGCAUCUUUGAUACCACUGCUGGUCCCAAUGUUGCAAGCUCGCCUGAAUUCAACGAGUACUUACGCCAGCGACGCUCCCAGUGCAAGAUUUUGGGCGGAGAUAUAGGGACCGCAAAUGCCCUCGCACAUAGCCCAACCAACUCUGAAAAGUUCCAGGACUGGAUGUUGACUCGCACGGUUGAGUCGCCCCAUGCUCUAAUUCAUAUCAAGACAGCCAGCGUCAGCUCUUUCUUGGAGAGGAGUGAGAAUGAAGAGCACCAAGAGGCGGCUGCUAAACUCAAGCCGGCUAUGCAAUACCUUAGCGGUAUUCACAUCCUCAAGGGAACAUUGUCGACGCUAUUCUUGACAUCCCCCGGCUGGAUUGAGCUCUCUGUAACCCCGUUGCCUGGUGUGACAGUCCGUGUGGUUGAUAAGCCGUCCGUGGUAAUCACACAGGUAUCCCCAGCGUCGGUCAAGGUACAGCCAGUAGUGAAGGAAUCAUACAUCGAAGUCGGAGUCAUUAUCACAGCACCAGAUGAGCAAGUGGAUGUCUCCUUCAGCACGUCCGCACCCGGAGCCCUUGGUGCACUCAACACCCUCAGCCUCACCCAAUAUGGCCCCGAGAAGUAUCGGACCGCAAUUAGAGGGGUCGCCACUGCUGAUGAAGCAUUCUCGGUUUCGGUUCCGAGCUUGAGAUCGACCGGGCGUUUCGGAGGCACGGGAACACUGAAGGGAACAUUGGAAGUCGAGGCAAGAGAGUAUGCUGUCUUCCAUAUGGCGUUGCAAAAGGGGGCGCCUGGAGUUUCUGCGAAAUUGUUGCCUACUGUCGAACGCAAGGAGGUUGAAUAG